GACCGACCGCUCGCCGUCUUCCGCCGCAGCCGCCACCGCCGCCCGCGACCAUUCUUAGUGCGAACUUUUCUGUACGUCUGACGCGAACGCGCCCCGACGACACGCAGGCGAGUCGUGUCCGCCGCCGGCCGAACGGAUUGCCCACGCGAAGUAUUUUGCGCGCUCUUUCGAUAAGAAAACCGCCGCUCCCGCCUAGCCGUCCGACAAUUUGCACUCGCAGACGCGCGGGACUCGCCCCGCCGCCGCAGCCAUGGAUUUACAGGUACCUAACAACAGUAAUUAUUAUUGCUCGUUUUAAAACGUUUGAUCGCACCAUAACGACUCUAUCUAAAGAGACGACGGCCAUUAUAAUUUUGAAAACCCCGAAAUUGUCGGCAAAAUGAACGUUUCGAGUAUUCCGUGAAAUCGGCUAUUACGCCGGGCUAUUAUAUACACGGUAAAACAAUAUCCGGGAACGUUGUUUGCGCUGGAAUGACAAAAACCAACGGUUCCCGGUCCAACUCGAGUGUGGAUUCAUGUCGGACUUUUUGAUUGAAAAUAGACCCCGAUUUGUCGUUAAAAAUCACGACGGUCAGGUAAAGGAGUGGGGGGAGGCCAAAAUGCGAUGUGAAAACUUCUAAUUUAUGAAAUAACAAAAAACGGACAUUCUUCGCACGGUGGGUUGGAGGCCGCUGUUGUAGGUGAAUAAUCGGGAAAGUAUAAUAUAAAUGGAAAUUUAAAUUUGUACGUAACGAUGAACAAUUGCUAAUGAAAAAAGAUUCGGAGCGAAGUUUUUUUUAAAGACGUACGUACAUUUUCCCGUUUUUCUAAGGAUUUUCCUGGUUAUUUUUUGCAAUUAUUAUGAAAAAAAUGAUUUCUUUCAGAUAAAAUUUAUUUUCAGAAAAGGUACACUUAUAAAUCGGAACAAGAUUUCUUAUGGAAAAAUUGUUCAUGGAUAAAUAAUAAUAAAAAAGCAAAAUUUUAAAACCAGUGCUUUACUGGCUAAGCUCCGAAUCUACGUGUUCAAGUAUUUUUAGUUUUAUUUUUUUAUUUAUAAAGGAAUAUUUCAGUAUUUUUCUUACGGUAAAAAAAGAAAAAAAUAAUAAUUCUUGGUUGGCCAAAAAUUUAAACUUUUAUUUUUAAGUUAAUAGAAUACUAUAUUUUAUUGUAGAUACGUCUUAAUAUAGGUAGGUACUGUGAUACAUUAAAUUAUUUAUUAUCUAUUGAUUGUUGUAAAUAGGAACAAAAAAUGUUAAGUACAGUAGAAGCCGCUUAUUAGUAAUACGGAUAAUUUAUACAAUUCCGUUAUUGAAACAAAAUGUAUGUGAACAAACUGGUCGUAUAUUAAAACCAAUCGUUUAUUAGAAACGAUCGGUUAGCUGACACGUUUCACCUCGGUCUUAAAGUGUUCCUAAUAAGCGGCUUCUGUUGUAUAAACAGAUAUUUUUUUUUUUUAACGUGAGCGUUAAUUUCUGAAAUGUUGACGUUAUUUUUUUCAAUUUUUUGAUUUAAUACCUUUGGUGGGCCGCAAUUAAUAAAUGAUCACGGGCCGCAGUUGAUCGCCAUUUCCCUAGUAAAUAGUGAACACUUUCUCAUCCACCAGUAUUUUGAUCGCUGCGGUAUUUUUAAGGCAUUGCGACAAGUGACUUUUACGGAUUUUCAACCGAAUAUAAAUGCAAUAACCGACAUUUUUAAAAAUUUGACGCUUAUUGCUGAUCUCUUUGGGAAAGCAGUGUAAUUGUAGUUUUGGCGGGAAAAGUCUUCACGGUCCGCAGAACCCCGUGGCCCGACAAAUAUACCGCGUUAAUAAAAUAUUAUGUGUAGAGAUGAGUAGAACUGUGAAUGUUCAUUAAAUAUAUUAUUUUUCCAGCUUAUGCCAGAUAAAGCUUUCUUAGUACAUAAACUUCGAAUUACGUAUCGACGAAAUUGAUUUUAAAGUUGUUAUUUUGCUUUUUUCUACAUUUUCGAUUUUAAAGGUCUUGAAUAAAAACCUUUAUUUUAGAUCAUUUAUUAUUAUUAUUAUUACUUUCUAUUUAAUGCAUUGUUAUAUUUUAUGGUAAUGUAUCUAAUUUGAUGUGUGUAAAAUGUUUCAUUUUUAAAUUUACGUUUAAAAGCUACAACAUGAGGUGUCAAUAUGAAUUAUAUAACGUUAACGAACAUCAGCAACAAUCGGGUUUUAAAUUCGUUUAUUUAUUGUUAACUAUCAAUACGAAAGGAUCGCACAAAUUAACAAUUAAUGAUUUAAGUACCUAUUAAAUAAGACUAUUGUUUGUCAUAAUUCUUUUUUUUUACAUAUCGCUUUUUACUGCGUUUUUGGAUUUUUUUUUUUUUUUUUGUAAGGAAAUAAUUUUAAGUUUGCUUUAUACUACCUUUUUGGGAUUUGAAAUUCUGUUUUUUUUUUUAUUUUUUUAAGUGUUUUUUGUGCAACGUUAGACGACGACCGAAACUUGAAACGCCAAGAAAAAAAAGGUAUUAUACGCCGGACUUACGAUUUUUUCCGUCUGAGAAUAAUAUUAUAAUAACUGGGAGUAGGUACACCGGUAAACGCUUUAUACGUAGAUUGUUAAAAAAAAAAAAAUCAAUAUAACAGCUUGGCCAAGGGCAGUCAUGUGCAGCGGGUAAGGAAACAAAAUAAAACAAAAAUAAUAACAAUAAUGUUUAUUUCUCGAGCGACGCCGUGCCGUAUCGUUUGGACAAUAUUAUUAACAUUCAAAGGACUCGUUCGAGAAUGAAAAUGUAUAAAUAUUAUCAUCGAGUCGUCGCCGUUUUUACGACGAUAAGUCGUCGGUCGUCUGUCGUGUUGCAGCUGUUGCGACCAUCAUUCAACACUACUCGAUUCAAUUAUUACUAUUUAAGUCGUACUCAGUGUUUGGCUUGGGAAAAAAGUAGCAGUCGUACUAUAGCUACUUUAAAAAAAUUAGUAUCCCUAUAAUUUUAUUAUACUACACAUUACCGAAGAGGGCUUCACCACUACCCCCUCCCACACUUCUUCAGAAUCAUAAGUAUAAAACCAUUAAACACGUAUCAUAACAAAAAAAAGACUAAUAAUUUAAUAAUUGUUUAUGUACAAGUAUGACUUGUCUUUUUUAAAACCAACAUUAAAAUAUACCUACUCAACAAUUACAAACUUACUUUUAUAUUUUUUAGUUAUUUUUAAUUUUUGAAUAUCUUUAUUUAAAAUAUUUCAUAAAUAAGAAUAUUGAUAGCAGGGUUAUACGAGAUAGCAUGUUGUUCAAUGGUAAUAAUAUAACAGGUCAGUAUACCCUUCUUAGAAAACCCACACACAAAUUUCGGUUAAGCAAUUUUAUAAAAAUAGACGAGCAAUAUAUUAUGAUGUUCAUUUAUUUUUUUUUCUGUGAUUAACUUUUUUACCAGAAAUUUUACUCCAAUUUUCAUGUGUAGCGCCUUAUUUGAAAGAAAAUUCGUUAGACGUGUUACUUUAAUGGGAUCAUUUAUUUCCUAUAGGUUUUCAUGAUAAUUGGGAAAAACCGAGAAAAAACGUAGGAAAAACUAGAUAAAUCGUAAAUAUUACGGCUCUUCAAAACAUGUAAAAAACCGGACCCCACUCAGAAUCAUUUUUCGUUUGCAAUGAUUAAUCGUUGCAUACAGGUAUACAAUUAAUUUUCCAUCUACCUUCCUAAAUUCUCACCUACAACAGUGGCCCACCCAUCGUGUUUGCAUUUUUUUUUGCAUAAAUGAACAACUUUACUACUCCUGAAAUCUGGCUCCAAUAAAACAUUUUAUAGGAACUUUCUUAUAGGUAGUGUUUCCGAUCUAGUUGGUACAUUGUAGAGGUCCUUAUUUGAUUUCCCUAGUAGUUUUUUCUUAAAAAAUUGGAAAAACUGAUAUGUUCUCAGAUAAUUUUUGUUGGUUUCUGGGUUUCUUUACGCGGAUACAAGGGAUAGCGGUUAUAGAUUUUUAAAGAACUAUUGAUACUAAUUUUUUCGCGUCCUCCAACAGGUUUAAUCGCAAUGUAUCAACUAUCAGAAUAAAAAAACCCAGAAGGAUUUUAUUUAAAUGACACCUGCCACUACCGCAGUCUCGCGUGUACACAACAGUUAACGCUAUAUUAUAUUUCCAAAGGACAUCACAGUAGCAUUAUGAUGUAUCUGCAGUCUUUCUAACAGGUGAUUUGGCGAAAAUGUCCUCCGACUGUAUACCAAAUACGCCGUUUAACGUUUACAAUAUGUGUUCAUAGUGGGAUGUUUGAUAUUGAAUUCCCAGACAAUCAAUUCGCACUUGAAAAUUUAAAAAACAGUAUUAAUAAUUCCUCUAUUAGAACAUAAUAUUCGCGAAUUCGGUGAAAAUAGUCUAUUUUAAUAGUAGCGCAUGGGUAUAUUAUAGCCGGAGGACCGCGGCGAACUCCGUGAAAACACAUUUUCAUUAUUUUUAUAAUAAUAUUGCCGCAGAGACCUCAAAAAAACGCUUUUGCAGUGACUUACGGUUCGGAAUAUUUCAACUCGGAUGCAUAACAUUAAUGGGUUAUCUUCAUCGAUAAUAAUGCUUCCGAAACGGGAAUAAUAUUUCUUUAUCACGUAUCGACUGUGCGUCGUAAUAAUAAUAUUUCAUUUUCCCUUUCGAGCGUGACUUAUACUUAAAUCACAAUAUAUUAUAGCGUGUAUAGGUACUUACAUUACCAUCGUAAUCGAGUCGGUUGACAAACGGUAUUGUACUAACAAAUCAUUAAAAUAAUAACGAUGGUAUCGGGGAUAAGGUUAUUUACAACAAAUCCAUUUAUAUAAUAAUAAUAAUUUAUUACAAAGCGAAUGGAUAUAAUAUUAUCAAUACUCGUAGCUAAAAAGAAACGAUAUUACUGUGAGUGUAUGUAUGUGUGUGUGUGUGUGUUACGGUUAUUCGGAUCGAUAUUAAUACGGUUAAUUCGAAUUCAGAUUUGCUUUACGUUCGUAUGCGCGACAUUACAAAACAAAUACCUAUUAUUAUAUUAUUAUCGCAUUUGAGUACAAUGUACAUAAUGUGAUUAUUUUGAGACCUAUACCAAAGUCGUUAGGUAUGGUUAUUUGAUCAUAAUAUUGUAUUAUUGUUGCAUAUUUCCGAAAAAAAAAAAAACGCCUUUCGAAUUCCACCGAUUAACAUAUUUACUUUUACUGUUCUUUAAAAACACAUCGAAUAUUCUAAUAUUAGGGCCGAAACGAUACUCAUAAACUGGCAUCCACAAUGAAAAAAAAAAAGGGCUAAAAUAACCAGAAGCAAAGCGAGUUUUAUCCGAAAGCCACGUUCAAAAAGUUUCCGAGUAAAUGUUCAAUAAUUUGAAAAAUGAUUUUAAAUACUUUAUCGACCUUUGAGAAAUAUUUGAGACGAAAUGGUCGCGUUGACUUUCGAUAAACGAUUUAAUAUCCACAGUUUAGUCAAUGGUGCUCGUAUACUACAGCGGGAUCGUAUUACGUUAAUUUCGAUUGGACGAGAAAAAAUAACCGUUUCAAUAAUAUUUUGGCUUAAAAAUGCCGACAAACGUAUUUUAACACCAGCACGCUCAAAUAUAUUUUCUUAGUCAUGCACUUCACUCACUUUACUUUUCGGGCGUUAUUAUUCUUGCAGGGACACGUGCGCAACGGGGUGAUCUGGUUUAAAUACUUUUAAAUUCAUAUCAUAUUCUUUCAAUCGAUAUGUUAUCGCGAAUUCCGAUAUUUUCCACCCUGCCCGGAUAGGUGAUAUAAUAUGAAUUGGCGAAAUUUUCAUCAAAUGCCAUUUAUACCAAACAGCCCGGUAUAUGUUUCGAGUCCGAUCCGGACCCGAGUUUGUAUAUAUUAUAUUGAAAUCUAAUAUACUCGUGUUAUUCGUAAUAGCACACAGUGCUCAUAAUACGAAUACGCGUUAAAUAAUUUCUAAAUAAAAAUAAUAGUAAUUUAGUACGCGUACAUUAGCGGGUAGUUGAUUAAUUCAUAAAUAUAGGUAAUGCGAGUGUAUCGAAAGAGAAAUUUGAUUACGCGUAUGCGUUUACGUCCUCGAUUUAUUCGGGCGAUUCUGAUACCUGUAUUGUAUAGUUUGAAAGUUUCCCGCAUGAUAGAUUACAUAUUUGUUUGGUUUUUUUUUUUCUAAUUAAACGAAGGAGUUUUACAUAUUAUAUACGCAAGUAUAAUAAUUAGUUAAAAUGUUUUUUUUUUUUAUUUCAAAUAAUUAUACUCUUAUGUGUACAAUAUACGAUUUAAGUUUAUAACCUAGUUUUGACGAGCGAUUGUUUUUUUUUUUUUUAUGCAAAGUGCGUUUUUAACACGUAACGAUCGACGCAAAUACGGUUUCUCGUUUGGAAAUUUAAUAAUUGUACAGUCAUCAUGAUGAUUGCCGAACGAUACGAGUAUAAACGCUGCGAAACACCAUUGCCCCGUGAAAACGCGAUGUUCGUAUCGGCCGAUUUGUUUACUGGACAAAUAUCGCGCUAGAGAUGUAUUUUUUUUUUUUUUUUGAGCAUAAAAAUGGUUUUUGAAGAUGGAUGAAAGUUGAAAUCUCCAAAAGGGAUCAUUCGUGAUACUUACACCGUGUAAGAAAUUUCAUCACUCUGGUUUCAUUUGAGGGGGGUGGGGGUUUAGGAAUGUACACGGCUAAAAAAAACUAACACCCUCUACACCGCAAAAAUACGGUGAAAUUCAUGAUCAAACCGAAAUCGUGUCAUUGUAAUCCGCCUAUGGCAUAAAAAACAAAACCUUAACUCCCGAGUUAGAACUCAUAUUUUCGUCCAGAGGGAAUCAAGCGUCUCCGAAAGUAGCGGCGAAAAACUUAAUAAAUUAUUAAACUUUCGGGGGGAAAUCGGUAAGUACGGUACACGAAAGGUUUUCCAGGCGUCUCGUCGCAAAGACUUCGUGUGGAAUUCACAAAUCGCGUUCUUGGAAAAAAAAAAAAAAAUAGAAUAAAAAAAAACUACGACAGUGUAUAUAUUAUAUAUAUACGAAUACUCACGUCUCUCAUUGCAGCGAAAUAUUAUUCAAUCAGAUCCGUUCGCUUUGUUAUCCCGUCGUCGUCAUCCGCGGAGAAAAGCCCGUAGCAUUAACCGGAGUCGCCCGGGUAGCAUACGGAAUAAGCUACGGGGCCAGUAGCUUUCGUUCUUUCUCUCUUUCUUUCUUUAUUAUUAUUAUUAUUUUUUUUCUUAUUUAUUUUUUAUUUUUUUUUUCCCUCGUUCUUCGCUUUUUCCGUGUCCCGCCGUCGUCGCACGCGACUACUGCUGCACAGCAGCGGCCGUUGUUCCAUUCCGCGUCGUGCCUAUGCACAUAAUUUGCCGUUCGCGAAAUAAUCAACAAUCCCGGGAGGAAUGGUUCCGACUUUCCGACUUUCCCCUCCCCUCGCUCCGGACUUAAUAUAUAUAUAUAUAUACAUACAUAAUAUAAAUACGCACAAUAUACAUAGAUUACCAGGCGGGCGGGCGGGCAGGUGGUAUAGGUACUUCUCCCGAGCGUGCGCCGCACGCAGUCGGGUCACGUUCUUCCGGCUUUCCAGUCGAAAAAUCACAGCCGUGCGCGUACCGCUGUCGCUACGUACGCAUAAAACAGAACCCGUUCUUUCGGUCGGCGUACGUGUACACACCAUCGGCCGUCUGUGAUAACGUCGAUCGCGUAGUUAUUGCGCGCACGCAAUAUCAAAACAACAUUGAUAAUAACGAUAAAUAACAAAAACAACGGCGAUUCAAUAGCCGACGAGCGCGGCAGGUCCGGGAUUCGUCCGUCCGAAACAGCCUCGGCGACCAUAAUUAUAAUAAUAAUAAUAACAUGCGGCGAUCGUGCGGAAUAGAAAGUCGAUAUUUGACGGUCGAAAAAUACCGCAUGAAAAAAUCGGUUAGCUCCCUUUUUUUUUUUUUUUUUUUUUUAAAAUAAAAACGGACCUUUAAAAUGUACAAGUAUAUUGUUACUCCGUCGCACAUACUACGUACGCAUAGACGAUCGCUUGCGCCCGUAGGCAUAACGGAUUUUCUGGUUUAUCGUGCGACGAGACCAUUGCGCGUGUCCUACAAAAACCUCCGCCGCCGCCGCCGCACGAUAACAUACUUGUAGGAAUGUUGUUUUUUUUUUAAAAAAAAAAAAAAUUUAUUUGCGCACGCCGAGUUUUCAUUUUUACCUUUGUAGAAAACGUAUUUGCAUAACGUGUGUAAAAAAUUUCAGCGAAAGUCAUAAUUCAUACAUUAUAUUGUGUUGUUUUUUUUAUAGUAUUAUGCUAUUUCGGUAGGUACUCACCUACCUGUGGACAAGCAUUUGAAAAGAACCCGGAUAUCGGAAAUUUUAACCAGAAUAAUAACACAUUUUUCGUUUAAAAAUAUCGGAUUUAUAUACAUUUAAUUUACCUAAGCGCAUAUUUAUAGUAUUAUUCUAAUGCUAAAUAUUAAAAAAAAAAAAACACGGAGAAAUCAUUAUCUUACGAAUAACAGUAAUUUCAAUUUUAUUUUCUAAAUUUUAAUACUUCGAACGUUUUAAGAAAAAUAAAAAGUGAGAUGGUAUACUUAAAUUGGAUAGCACAUGAUUCCGCAUAAUUUCAUUACCAAAAUAAUUUUUGAUUCGCUAUAAAAUCACACGAUUCCGCCAUAAAUAUAUUGAUACGACGUUUUCGGCCACGGUUUUUAUUAAAGUACAAAAUAAUGAUAAUAAAAAUCGGUUAAUUAUUCACUGUUAUUAAUCGUGCAGAUAAAAGUAUAUAAAAGAAGAUUGGGAUUAAUCUGGAUAGUAAAAUAAUAGUUAUUUUUCCGAACGUUGUAGCAAGUGUUUUAUGAGUUUUUUCUUUUUUUUUUUAAUACCGGCGUUUAAAUACACGUUUCGGUUUCAAAUCAUAUUGUCGAUUUGGUAUCUUGAAUGUCGGUGGAAAAAAAAACGUUUUUUCGAGUGUAAAACAUAAUAUUCCCCGCCAAUAAUACCAAUAAUACAUUAUGACGUUAUCGAAGACGAUUUCGGAAAGUUAAAGAAUGUACUCUGUGAUUGACGUGUCGUUCACCGUACGAGUGUAUUCAUCAUCGGUAUAGUUUGUCGAGUGUAAUUUAAAAAAAAAAAAUAAUAAUAAUCGAAUAACUACAUUAUCGAAUAGGUAUUGUAAACGAAAGUACCGCCUACGCUUCAAUGUUGUGCAAUUGACAUAUUUUUCUACGUCGUGUGUGUACCUAUAACAUCGCACACGCGAGUAGUUAUAUUUUUUUAACACCAUUAAACGUAGUUUGGCGCGUGGUCGUCAAAUUAAAUAGCUUUUUUUUUUCCGUUUAAAAAUCUUAGAAAAAUACGAAUAAAAUAAAGCCCAUAAACAUUUAAUACACGCAUCCAUUUGCAUCGUAAUAAAAUAUUUUAUACGUGCAAUUUUGUAUGCAUUGUAGCGAUUAUACGUUCAUAUUGACGAAAAAAAGAUAUCGAUAACGAGCGACGUUCCAGGAUCUAGAAAUUAACAAAACAAGUAAAAGUUAAUUCUCCUAAUAUUGAAAUAGGUCAUCGCGUUCAUCUUGUUGUUAUGGUAACAAAGUGCAGUGGUAUAAGACCGUUUUCAAUAAUUAUACAAUUGAUGGAGUUUGAGAAAAUAAAAUCUAGAAAAGUUAAUAGAAUUGAAUUUCAACUGCUAUUACACAACAUAAUUGUUGUUGUUAUUAACCCAGGUCAUAUGUAACACACUAAUUUAUAUUGUUAUAACGCAAUUUCACAUGAUAUUGCUUACCGGAUAUAUUAAUGAUUAAAUGGAAUCAUGUACGAAGAAAUUACAACAUUUUAUCAAAUACGUAAAAAUGUAUUUUCUUGGCUUUUGUUUGGGGCAAUGAACGUUUCCGUAAUAUAUUCUGCCCAAGAGCUAUCGCAUACCAUAAUCCGGCUCUGUUUUGGUGUAUUCAACCAUCCUAAAAUAGUGUACAGGCACCUUGGUACUUUUGAAUGUACUUCAUAUAGUAGCUAAUAAUUAGGUAUUUUUUUCUCCUCGAGUUUAUUAACAAUAGUACUUUUCUAUGCAAUUAUUUUUUGUUAUUAAAACAUUAUUAUUUAUGUAAUUAUUGAUUUUUUUUUUUUUAUAACUAUCAUAGUAUCUAGGUAUAUGAAUGACAUUAUGAUAACGACCGUAGUUUAACAUUUUAAUUUUUUUAAUGCCAAUACGUAAUGCUUCGUUUACGUACUAUCUACGUUGUGAGUUUUUCCCCUGUUCAAAUUUCACGGACCAUAAACCGAAGCGUUUAUGUGUCUUAAAAAAAAGUAUAUAAAACAAAACUACAUAAUUGGUGCGAACAAGAUUUUUAAUAUAAAAUUAUAAUCACACUGAUGCUUGUUAACGAUGUUUUUAUUAAUAAUGAUCAUCAUUACGCUGGUUUUAUAAUAAUAAUAUACAGAGUGACCAAUCUAGGUAUUCAUAUUUUGAAAAUAUUUGUUUGUAGAUAAAAUUUUGGAAAACAAUUUUUUUACUUUUUUAACAUAUGUUUCUAAGUAUACAUAAUUUAGAUCAUGUUUCGAACGGUUUCCCGAGAUGGGGUCAGUUCUUCCCCUGUACGUCUGAUAAAGAAAAAAAAUGUAUUAAAUAUACCCUGAAAUUUUCUAAUAUUGCUUCAUGAAUUCAUUUAAUCAAAUAUAACUCCCGAUUUUUUAUUCAAAACGAUGUCAGAUGGGUCACAGGCAAAAUAUGAUUGCAUUUUUUCGUGGAUUUUUUCUUUUCUGUUAUCAUGGGAGCCCGAGUAGACGUGUUCCACGGUCCCCGUGUAGACAUAUUUAAAAUAUAAACUACUUAAAAGCUUGGUAAGUCUGUAUUUGCAAGUGCACCUUAAUACCAUAGAUACCUAUUUAUUUUAAUAACCUAUAACGAUAUAAUUAAUACUGUAUUUAGGUAAUCAAAGUUUUAUCCUCCCCGAGUUCGUGUAUACCACGGUGUAUAAAAAAAAUAUCCGUUAUCGGUCGCGUCAUUAUAUGGGAGCAAAGGUGUUUUUGAAUAUCCUCCGUGGUAAAAAAAACACCCGAUAGUUAUUCAUAACAUUAUACUACUAUCGGACGGUGAAAUUUCAGAGAGUGAACGGUUGGUAAGUAGGUAAGUACCUACGUAAAAAUAUCUUCGUGUAACUUAAUCUUAGAGGGUAAUAUUUAUGCGUGUCAUUCUGUGGGUAAAACGAUUCGACCGUGUGCUGGGACGAGAGGAUAAACGUUUUCCUAUAUACAUAUAGAAUAUAUAAGAUAGUUGUGACCCCCAAGUCAGGGUACAUUUUCGAGACGAGGGUAUGCAAUAUUAUAGAUUCACACAGUGACACUCAGCAAACGAAACGACGACGACGUAAUCGCGCCGCCGGACGGUCUGACUAGAGUUAAGAAUCCCAGAAUAUAUGCCCGGGGAAAGAAAAGUCCAAUAUCAUUUUUUUUUCUCGUAAAAAUGCCCGACUGACAAAUUUUAGCGACACGAAAAAAAUUGCCACAACACGUUUGCGCACAGAAUAAAUAUUGUGUAUUUCUGAAUGUUUCUUGACUAUUCACACAAAACAUCAGUGUUACUUAUACGGAAAUAAAUUUUAAAACAACUAGAUGAAGACAAGAGAUAAUUGCUCAAAUAAUUAUCUCGAUGAAGAUACAUACGAAUUUAAAUAUCUAGAGACAAACAAGUAAUCAACAACUUUUUAAAUAGUGCUUAAAAUAAUUAAGUGCAACAGAUUUGGAUUAUUUGGUACACAUAUAGAUUUUAACAAGGACGUGUGAUCGAUAUAACUUAAUAGAUAAUUAUUUUUCUAAUUACCAUAUUACCGGUACGAUACGUACGGCCGGUACAUAAUGUACGAUUCGAACAUAUUUAUUCAGAUGAUUCGAUUAUUUAUCUAAGAUAUCUAUAACCCUCAUUUAUCUAGUUGCGAUAGAAUAUAGCUACCUAUUUAGGUAAAUCUCAACAUGAAUUAUAAGUUUAAAUACGAACGGCUUUUAAAUUUUCAACAUUUUUUUCUAACGAGAAGGACAAUGACCAAAAAAAAAAAAUCGAACUAACGCUAGCAUUGUAUUAUAUUCGAACGCCGGCGAUGAGCACUAUCAUAUACAACUUUCGAUUUUGAAAAAAAUAAUAAAAUAGGUUGAUUCUGCUGGUCUAUUUGGACAGCGGAAUAUAAAUAGUAAUUCAAUUCAUAUCUGAAGUACGCAACGAUAAACCAUUGUUAAAGGUGAACGAUUCUGAGCAAAAUAUUAUUAGUCGUAUUAUAUUUUCCUUUGUUGCCAAGAUAAACGUAGAAAUCAACCAACAUUAUGCAGACAUUUGUCAGUAUUAUUCCCAUUUAUUAAGAAAACUGCAAACAAAUAAUUUUCCCAAUGUAUAAACUAGAUCGAAAAUUCUACAAGAUAAUUUUUACAAUUUUUGAUUUGAACAAGAUUUCCGGCAGAAAAGUCAUAUGUAGACAUAAAAAAAAAAAAAAAAUCACAUAACAAUAAAACCGAUACGUUCCUCGCUUCGCUCGAAAUUUACAAAAAACUUUAUUGUCGUACACACGUUUAGUUUUCGCGAAAUAGGUUACCAUAGGGCCAUUAAAAUAUACAUAUUUGCCGUAAUUCGCGGUUAAAUAAUUAUUGUUUUUCUCCGGGGGUUUUCGGUGACAGUUUUCCAUAUGGGUAUUAUAAGUAUACACUGUACGUGCAUCGUUAUUUCUACAAGCGGUCUGUGAAUUAUCACGAUGACAAUACGUAAACACAACCUGGAGAAACGAUUUCUUUCGAUUAUUUCCGUCGUUCGAGUUUGAUUGGUCGACGAUGAUUUUUCCUUUUAUUAUCUCGUGGACAUCGCCGUCACCGCCAGGACCCGAUAACGUACCGCGUGCCCACGUCUUCGGAUUGGGAGAGGGGGAGGGGGAAAACGGGAAAAAACGACGUGUUUCGUUCUUGUUAUUAUUCAAAAAGAAAACGGUUCGUCUGUGUAAGCAUCACGUCAUAACGUAAUAUGAAUAAUAAUAUAUUAUUAAACUAUUUAAGUAUACAGUUUUCAGUUUCACGACGACUAUUAUUCGCAUCGGUGAUGUAUGUAGGCACAACUACCGGUGUUUUAUACGAGAGCGAGAACAAAUAUCCAUCAAUUGAUAUACAGGGUGUCACACAUCUGACAAAUGUAAUAUUUUUUAUUCCGUUCAAAAUUUUUAAGUUUUACAUUUUUUUUUCUCUAACAAUUACCGAAUUCUUGCGCUAUGGUUCUUCUAUUACAUAAAUAUAUAUUUUUUUAAAUUAAAUUUAAACAUUCCAAGACCGCCGUUUUAUAAAUUUAUUUCGAAAACAUUUUUACACUACAAAAUGUUUACUAACAAUACAUUUUCUAAACAAAUUUUAAAUUUACAAAAUUCAUUCACAAAAUGCUUUUUCAUUGACAAAUUGGUGAAUCGAUUAAUUUAUAUAUAAAUAUCAUUUAGUAGUGGUAAUGAAAACAAUUUAAAUUGUCGUAAAUUUCAAAAACGGCUCGUCAUUAGUAAACGUUUGUAACAAGCUCUAGUAAUUAGUAGCGAAAAAGCAAACCUUAAAAAUAUUGAACAGAAAAAAAAUGUAUUGCAUUUGUCACAUAUCCGUGAGACACCCUCUAUUUUUAUCUUUCGGACGCGGUAUAAGGUCCAAAAUUCAAUAGAGUUAUGUAGUUUCCUAAUGUUGAACACGAGAAUUAUUUACAUAGUAUUAUAUAGACACUCGGGUAUCUUCAUAUUGUUAUGUUUCAUUUCUAUAAAAAUAUGUAAGUGAACAAGAAAGAACGAAAACAUUUUAUAUCGUGCGAUAAAACUUAUACGAUGAAACCAUUUUUUUGCGGGUAACCGGUUUUUUUAUUCUAACAAUUUUCAAACGUCACCCUGUCUUAUUUAUGGUAUCUGUGUACCUAUAUACGUUUCCGGUAAUAACUUGUUUAGUUGUGAGUGAAGGGAAAAAUAAUAUUAGUGUAGGUCUGUUAUAAUAAUUGCUAUCGUUUAAACAAGUAUGUUUGGUGGGUAUAUGAAAUAACAUGGUACUGGGAUUUCGAAGUCAUUUUUGUUUUCUGGCACUCUUAUGACUGUGCUUAGCUCUAUGUGGAAAAUUCGUCUCUGGCGAUGCGUAUAUGGCAAUUUUAUUUCUCAUUUUAUUGUCAACUGUUUACAAAAUUUGUAUCGUUUUACGGCUUUUUUCACAGCAAAACUUAAUAUUAUCUUCUGUUUAUAGAAAAAAAGUGUCACCGUUAAUUAUCCUUUGUAAAUUAUGUAAGAUAUUAUUAUAAGAUAUAACGACAACGGCGACGGCGGUGAUCCAUGCUGACGUCGGAACGGUCGGUCAAUUUUGUUUUCCUGAUCUCACAGAGUACAUUUUAACAUAUUGUUGUUAUAGUACGAUCUAGUGAAAUAUUAGUGGCCUCAGGCCUCUUAGUGGUUGAUGGAUGUGCGCCACGAAGUCGAUAUUUUUUCAAGGAUUUACGAUUACAAAAAAAAAUUAAAUGAAAUCAUCAAAAUGGCACCUACAAGAAUAAUAUUGUAACAACAUUGUGUCCAGGCAUUUUAUAUAUAUACCGAGAGACAUGUCAUUAAUGUUGCAUAAACGUGACGUAGAGGCAAAUUAAAUAUAAAUAAUGUGAGAUCAGUGACAUCUUUAAUAAAAUUGUGCACGAAUAACAAUUGGACGGUUUGUAUAAUUAAUUCGUCUAUCAGACGCGUUUCGUGCACGCUUCGUUUGUCGUUAUUUUAGUGAAACGGUUUACAUAGAGACGACGACGUCAGUAUUGUUCGGUAUCUAUACGCUUGUGUUUAUUUAUUUUUUUUUAAUUUUACACCGGCGGCAAAUUCUGUUCGGAUUCGUUAAAAUAUCGUGAUUGUCCGUAUCUACGUACGUUUAUAAACGAGUCAAAGAGAUACCAGCAUUGAAAACCAUUUGGUUAGUUAAAAAAUAAUAAUAAUAGUAAAAGUAGCCGUACCAGACAUGUUUAAACUUUUCAUAGGAAAUGUUUUAUUUUAUUUUCGUGGCAAAAUACAAACAUCUCUAUACAUAUUGUAUCUACGUUUCUAUGAACUUACAUCAUUAUAUUUUAAUAGACGAUCGCUGGUCGAGCUAUAGGGUUUUUCAAAAACUGUUUCAAUUCAUAUUUAAUUGUCUAAAAAAAUUUAGUGAAUUAUUUUUAAUAAUAUGAGUGUAAACUAACGAAAUAACGUUAUAAAGAUAAUAUUAUUAAGACUUGAAUAUUGGAAUGUAGAAAAAGGCCGGAAUGAGCUGGGUUUGAGCGAACGACAGACUAAAGAGAGAGACAGAUGGAUAGUAUCCGAGAAUUUGUGAUGUAGCUUAUUCAGUCACGAGAGUUGGACUGGAGCAUAAAAUAUGAGGAAGACGGUUUAGAUGUUUAGCAGCUAAAAGGCUGAUAGAAUGAAGGGGUAUAGACAAAACGAGUUAAUGGGGGGGUACAUCAGACGGUAUGGGGAUGACCAACAGUAUUAUUCUCGUCGUUAUUAUCUGAACUGUCCUACGUGGGAAACAAUAAAUAAGAUUAGAUCAAAAUUAGGAAAAUUUUUAAUGUCAACCUACGUAGUUUUAUCGAAAAUUUCAAUAUUGUGAAUGUAAAUAAAUGCAGACGUCGAACUUUAGGAAUGUCCAUUACUACGAACAACAGGAAAAAUAAAGGGUUUCGCGGAGAUAACUGCAGCAGGAAUACUGCAGGGAAUGUGGUUGAAAUCGCUGAUUAUUGGCAAGGGAAUACUUAAUACUAAAUACUUUGGUCGACACGUAAAGCAAAAGAAACAGCUAAUAGCCUGUAUACGGCCUAUAAAGAUAUUUAGAAAAAAAAUACAGAAUUAUAGGUAAUUGAUGGCCAUCUUAUUGUAAUCACGCUAUUUUAAAUUGCACGGAUAUUGCCUACUUCAAAUUAGAUAUUAUGAAUACUAAAUUUUUAUACCGAGAUAAAUACUUACUCAUUCGCGUUAUCAUUCAACCGGUUUUCGCGUACAAUAAUAAUAUUAUUAUAUUUACUGUAGUAGAUCCUACGUUAUUAUAAUAUUAUUAUGACUCGAAUUGUAAAUCUCGUAGUGAUUCGUUUUUAAUAGGUAAUUGAAAUCGAAAUUAUUUUAUUCUUCACCCGCAACAUGAGAGUUUAGACGGUCUAUCGUGGAUCAGUAAUAAUAUUAUUACUCUAGUACAUUUAAAGAUUUCAAAUACGUUUGUAAUGCCCCGGUCACACUACGGUAGUUUAACGUGAUAUCUGUUACAAUUAUAGUAUUAAUUGUCGUGAGAGUUGUAUUAUGCUGUCACCGUGGGAACAAUAUGAAAGUUAUCGCGGUAAACACUAUCGCCUACACGAUUGUUGUAGUUCUGUCGCGAUAAUGAUAGUAAAUAUUUCAAGUACUGUCAUGGUAAGGUUCACAUUUUUUUAUUAUUAAAAUGCGCUCUAAAUCUAUAGAUUGUCAAAUUUAUAAUCAAUUCAAAAUUGUGUCUGCGCUGUAUUUAAUCGAAAAAUGACUAACUUACCUUGUUUGGAUAACAUUUUUAACAAUACUGCCGUAAGAAUUACAUAUUUUUCUAAUAGGAAUAGAAUAGUUUUAUAACGCGAAAUACACGAGUCCAAUAUUAAUUGGUUCGAGUUGGUAGGCGUAUAGAAAUCCGUUAUUAUUAAAAAACAAAAACAAAAUGGUAUGCAUAUGCGUUAUCCGCGUUGCGAUUCUAAUAAUUAGGUAGGUACCCACAGUACCUAUGUAAUAAUAAUAUGUAAAUUGCAUUAUUAUUAUGACCGCCGUCGUUGUCGUCACGUUUUCUCCCGUUUCACUUAUAUUUUUUUUUUUUUUUUUUUUAAAACAAUGUUUCUCAUGCAUAUUUAAAGUUAAAAAGAAAAAAAAAAUAGUAAGAUACUUAUCAUGUACGUGUACUUAAACGAUACAUAUUAUUUACGUGACGAGUUUUGCAUGUCGAUCGUCCGUAGAAAUUGCCGAAGGCGUACCUGAUAAUUCGUGCAAAUUUUGACGUAUUACGAAUGCGGUCGGAAUUGAUAAGUUUAUUCAUUUGAAUUUUCGGCCGGUCUUGCAUCACGGUCGAUAAAUUUCUCUUGCGAAACAUUAUUAUCGACGAUGCGUUAAACUAAUUUUAUCGUUAUGGUCCGGACAACGGCGAAACCGAUAAUACCGCUGUUGUUUUAAAUCAGCAAGGUGCAAAUUUGAUUGCACGAUACACGAACCGCACGCGUAUUUCAAGUGUUAAAGAUCACAUCGUUAAUAAUGAAAACAAAAAACACUCAAUUUACAUUUCUCUUACAUGACGGCAUUUCGAUAAAAAUAUCGACGAAAAAAAUAGUUCCAGUCUAAUCUACGGCAUUGAAGGAUCCGGGGGGUUGAGUGCAAGGGACCAUGCCUCCCAGACGUAAUACAAUCGUUCAAAUUGUGUUUAUAAUUCCUGAAUCCUGAUAAAAAUUAUAGCAAUAGUUAAAACAGAACACGAUUGUUUAUAACGACAAUGUUAUGGUUUCGUGAUUGAGUGUGUAUCGAGGACGCUACAAGAGUGUCCAACAUUAUUGAAGUGGCACUCGAUCAGCCGAUCGAUUUCAGUUCACGUCCAUUGAUCUGAAAUACGAGUCGGUGCGAUAACAACUAGGGGAGAAAUUAUAUGGAAAAAAAAAAAAAAACAUCGAUCGAAAAAUCGACAGUUUUAGUAAAAGUGACAGUGUAGAAAAAAAAAAAUUCAUUUGGAUUUUGUCAUUUAAAAUAGAAUCAAUAAUAUUAUUAAAGUUAACGCUCUCGACGUUUAGAACAAAGUAUCGUAUCUAUUACUUGUUGUGAUAAAUUUAUUACGCGCCCGAUCCGCAAUGUCUACCGACUCGGCGGCUAUUUUGAAUCCCUCGGUCGGGAUUGUUCGUCCGUCACCAGGUGCCUAAUAAAUUGCCGCGAUUAAAACCACGCUACCUGCUGUCUAUACCUAACCUAACCGCACGGUAGUCGCGCGACGGGCGGGCGCCGCGCCGCCGUCGCGUCGGUACGCGGCCGGAGGGGCGGACGGUAAAAUGAUAAUAAUAUCGUAUUACUAUUAUUAUUAUUAUUAUUAUUAUUAUUGUUGUUGUCGUCCUCGUCGGUCGUUAUUAUUAUCAUUGUCAUCGUAAUCGACUGCGACGGCGGAAUAAUGAUCGCGACUGUUAUUGUCAGCACCGCGCGCAGACACGCACGCAAUCGUAAUGUUUCCGUUUCAACGUCCACCCUCCUCCCCGUCGUCUCACUCUCGGCGAAUUAUUGUCGUGCCGCGACCGCGGUCGGAACCUAACCGCCGCGGUUACCGCGCGUAUUGUCGUUCAAAAACGGCAUCUCCUGUAUAGCAAUAACAUCACAGUAGUGUACCAAUCAUUAUAACAAUGUGCGGUUCGGCCCGGCGGAUGAUCCGCGCGCGCGAACGCGUCGUGUUUCUUCCGCCUAUCGAUCGGCGUUUAUCAUCGUUAUCGGUCCGGGCGCGAAUUAUUUUUUCCUCGCUACGUUCCCAGACGGACAAUCGACGUUUACAGUCGGCCGUCCGCCCGAAUAGUCGACGUUUACGCGAUACGGGUCGAAAAAAAAAAAAAAAAACAAUAAUAAAAAAAUAGCACGUACUUACGUUCAGACGGGCGGCGCUAUAAUAGAUUUGUUAUUAUCGGUUCGUUAUUAUUGCGCACCAGACCGGAAUUCGGAUUUAAAAUUAUUAUUUUAUUUGACCGUCGAACGAUGUUAUUCUAUUUCAAUUAUUAUUUUUAUUUUAUUUUUAUUUUUUUAAUAGCCCAGUAAAAUGUAUCUAACAGAAAAAAAAAAUAUUUUAUUACUCAAUCAAAUACCAAAUCGAAAAAAAAAAAAACUAACAGUUGCCCAAUAAAAAGUAAACGAUUGCCUCGUCAAGUUUAACGCGAGAACGCAUAAAAGAAAAAAAAAAAAAAACAAAUAUUAAUUAACGUUUAAAAUAUUUAGACACUUAACAGUGCAACAGUUCGUGUAAUCGAGUGUAUUCGAGAACGGAUGAUAGCGGAAUUUCGAAAAAAAAAAAAAAUUUUCAAACGUAUUCAAAGUAUUCAAACGGUUAGUUUAACCGAAACGUAAUGAAAAUGUUAAGUGUGAAAGGUCAGACUUUUUACGGAGAAAAUCUAAAUUUGUCAAGUUCACGGCAUGUAUAACGGAUUAUUGUGCAAGUUCGACGGUAAACUAAUUUUUCAACUAACUGGUGUAUACGCAGGCGCCCAUUUAUAGUAGAAUACGACCUGCGAGAAGAAACGCAAGUAUCUCGAGACUUAAUUGAAAUUCCCGAGUGCGAGUAAUCCGAAACGGAACGCGUAUUUCCGGACACCCUGCCACUUUACCGGGCGGGUGUAAAUCGGCUACGGGCAAUUCAAUUUGGACGUCAUUUGACCCGCGCGAGACGCGCGUUUCCGACGUUUGUGCACCGCGGCCGGCAAUAAUAUUGUAGCGGUCACAGGAGCGAAACGGUACCUAAACGGUGCCUGUUUAUCGAGCGUCGAUGUUUGCGUACGGGCGUACGUAUUCAGCUCCCCGCGUGUCCGAACGACGACGGUAAAUGCGAUCCGUAACGAUAUUUACAUUAUGGCACAAUUGUCCACAACAACGGUGGAUAACGCAACGCACGGCGCGUGAGACGGGCUGCGGAGUCGGGUAAACACUCGAGCAGUUAUUGGUAUUAUUGUUUGUUAUUGUAACGAGUAACGGUCGCGUUGUGUGAAAAUUUUAGAAAUCGCGCGAAUCCGACGUAAUCAUCGCCUCGUAAAAUAUCGACAAACGCCGUUUUGCUUCGUGUAAAGGCGGCGGGUGGCGUCGUCCGAACAUCAACGGUAACAACGAUGACGGUUCGGUAUUGGUCGAUUGCUCGGUCACGACCGACCGGAUCGAUUCAUUAUACGCGCUCGUGUUUAUAGCGAAUACGCGCGCAUUAUUCCGUGGAGUGUGUACAGGCAUUCUCGCCGCGUGUAAACAUAGCAACGGCCGUCCGAAAAGCGAACGCCGCGGCCGGCCCGAAGCCGCACGGAUUCGAUAUCCUAUACGUUGCACGAUGUAACCGAAGGUUCUUGGGAUUUUAAUGAUCUGAAAAAAAAACACACACACACACAAUAAAAAUGCCUUAAAAAACACAAUUUAUUGCACUUGCAGUGAUGCACAUUCAGUGCGACACGAGUUACAUUGUGAUUUCGGUAAAUAGCGUUUCGUAUUCUUUGCAGCCGACAUCGUAUUUCACUGGUACAAUCGGCAAAUCUAUAAUGCAUUUGAAAAAAUAAAACUAUCAUUUUUUUUUUUUUUUCUUUAGGAGGAAAUCAAAAUUAAUUUUAUUAAAUUUUCUGACAACUCUGGGAUGUUUGUAAUAACAAGUGCCUUAGAACCUAAAAAUGCCGAAAAAUUUCAAAUAAAAGUAGUUCCAUAUUUGAAUCAUUUAAUACGUGAAACGAAUUUUGUGCUUGGAAAGCAUUGCUUUAGGUCAUUUGAAAAAAAUUGCAAUUCGCAUUAUAAUCCGCACCCUAGUUAUAACAUACGAACGGAUUGUGUUGUGUUUGCUUUUUUCUUCUUGCUCCAGUCGUCGACUUCAGGGAUAGUUUCUGGUGGUAAAUUAUUUUGUCUAGCCGGUUCGUUGAGUUUAUUUUUCGAUUUCCUUUAUAGUUUUCUUAAUAUUUACAAACGAAAAAAAAACUCGUCGGAAAUAUGAAAUAGUUCACGCAGUAACGGUUUCUGUUAUUUUCAGUUUUGUUGUUUUUUUUUUUGUUCUGGAGUAUUUGAAUAUAUUCUUAGAGACAUGCAAUUUUACCGAGUAUUCUAUUCUUAGUUCUUUCUAACGCGCUUAAUCGAACUUUGCUCAGAAUCGUUUUUCGUAAACGAUGUUGUAUCGUGGCCUACAGAUAUACAUUAAAUUGCGUUAUCAUAUUAUAUCCUAGCUAGCCGAAUUUUUUCUUUGGUAAUUUCUAUUCGUUCGCAAAUAAUGUUCGCACGAGAUGCUAACACGUAUAACUAUGAUGUUUAAUACAAAAAAAUCAAGAGUUUUCACCGUUAUGUGAAAACAAACAUUGCAGUGCAGUGGCAAUGUUUCGGGAUUUGAAUGGUUUCCCAAGCUCUCGGCAUAUUCGUAUUUUGUAUUUUUUUAUAUAAUUUUUUAAACGUACAAUUUCCUUUGUGUAACAGGCGGUGGCGGAUUCAUCUCGUUUAUGCGAACCUAUUGUUUCGAGGACGAUUUCAAUUUCGCUCGUAUAAUAAUGUAAUAAUUUAUUUAUAGUCGUUUAGACACUAACGGCAUUGUAUUGGUAUUGUAAUCGACGGCUUUGUAUCGGCAUUAUAAUCGCGUGAACCGCUCUUAUCUCGAGCGUUACAAAUAGAAUAAUAAUAAUCCCCGUUACGGUUAAACGAAACCGUACAUAAGGGCCAUCGUAAAAAGUUUGAACUUUUUUUCAUACUUGCAUAAUUGUACCGCACGUUUUUGGGUUUGUCCUUACUAGGUAUACAUUUGCGUAUAACAUUAUAGGUUUUUUUUCUUUAACAAAAGGCGAAAGUUUAAAUGAAUCGUAAAACACAUCAUUACUAAGCACUAACCGACACUUGAUUACAUUCGGAAUAAUAUUACGCCGUUCUUCAUCUGUCGAAACAAUGUAUUUCUAAUGUAGUCUGUCAUUGUCCACACAGUAUAUUAUUAUACAUCUUGACAACACUAUUUUUCAUUUUUUUGGUUCGUGUUAUUGCUUAAUGAGCUAAAGGGAAAGUCUUAUAAAAUAUAAAUAUAAUAUGCAGUUACCGUUUACAUCUCGUAUAAUACCUAUAUAUGUAUAUCUUUUUUUUUCUAUUUUUCGUCAGUGAAUUAUGUUUGAAGUAACCAAUAACGUUUUAUUUCAAUCUCAAACCCAUAUUAAUGUCAUCGCAUUAAUUGUUUCAGGCGUUUAUCGUGAGUCUACUGCUAAUAGCCAGUGCAAACGCUGUGAUCAAUUCCGGUGCAAACGACGACAAAGCAGCAACACGAAGAGACGCGAGUCUCGGCGUACCGUCAGAUUCAUACGGUGCACCACACCCGUCUUAUAGCGGAAUUCAGCAAAAUUACGGGCCUCCACAGUCCUACAAUCCACCCGAACUCAAACCACCGAGCAUUACUUACGGGGUACCGGCAGACUCUUACGGUCCACCAAAACCUGUCUAUGGUCUUCCGAAACCUAGCUUUAAACCACUAAAACCCGAUUACGGACCACCUUCACAAGAUUCAUACGGACCACCACCAAAACCCGAGUACGGUCCACCUAAACCAGAAUACGGGGUGCCUCAACCACCAAAGCCUUUGUACGGCCCGCCUUCUGGACCUCCGAGUAUCUCUUACGGUGUUCCUCAAAUUCCUUACGCGAAAGGUCCUCCGGGAGUCCCGUCUCCACCCACUCCACCCCAUAUCUCUUACCAUGGUUGGCAACCAAUUCCGGGUGUAUCAAUUCCAUAUAUUAAGCAAAACAAUGGUUACGAGCAGUCUUCUAUUGGAACGGCUUAUGGACCUCCACCCCCCCAAGGAGAUAAUAAGUGUUGCAAUCAGAAUAGUAUUAACUCCGUAGAUACCUCUUAUGGAGUUUCACCAUCAUCAGUGUCAACGUCGUACAAUGUUCAAAGUUCUCCAAAUUCAGAUUUUGAUCCACCAAAAGAUGGUAAUUCUUACCAUGGAAAUUCCCACACUCAGUCAUUAAGUAAUUUGUAUAAACCACCUCCGCUUAUACCAGACACUAGUUAUGGACUUCCAGUUCCUCCUAAGCAAUCGUCUGAUUCCUAUGGUCCACCUAAAUUAGAAUAUGGAACACCUCCAAAACCAGAAUAUGGACCACCACCGAAACCAGAAUAUGGACCACCACCCAAACCAGAAUAUGGACCACCACCGAAACCAGAAUAUGGACCCCCACCCAAAUCAGAAUAUGGACCCCCACCCAAAUCAGAAUAUGGACCCCCACCGAAACCAGAAUAUGGACCACCGCCCAAACCAGAAUAUGGACCACCGCCCAAACCAGAAUAUGGACCACCUCCAAAAGAUUCAUAUGGACCUCCACCCAGUGGUUCAUAUGGUCCUCCACCCAGUGGUUCUUAUGGACCACCACCAAGUGGAUCAUACGGACCUCCAAUUAAAGCAUUAUAUCGUCCACCUCCUAAAGAUUCAUACGGACCGCCACCUAGUGGAACUUAUGGUCCACCACCAAAUGAUUCGUAUGGACCACCACCUAAAAUAUCUUAUGUAUCUCUACCCAAAGGAUCAUAUGGAUUUCCUCCAAAAGGAUCUUACGGACCACCUCCAAAAGAUUCAUAUGGUCCACCACCUAGUGGUUCAUAUGGCCCACCUCCAAGUGGUUCAUAUGGUCCCCCGCCAAGUGGUUCUUAUGGUCCACUACCCAAAGAUUCUCAUGGUCCACCCCCCAGUGGCUCAUACGGUCCUCCACCAAGUGGUUCCUACGGUCCACCACCCAAAGAUUCUCAAGGACCACCGCCCAGUGGAUCAUACGGUGCUCCGCCAAGUGGUUCUUAUGGACCUCCACCCAAAGAUUCCCAAGGACCACCGCCCAGUGGAUCAUACGGUGCUCCGCCAAGUGGUUCUUAUGGACCUCCACCCAAAGAUUCUCCAGGACCACCGCCUAGUGGAUCAUAUGGUGCACCACCAAGUGGACCAAGCGGUUCUUAUGGCCCCCCACCCAAAGGUUCUCAAGGACCAUCUUCGAGUGGAUCAUAUAGUUCACCGCCAAGUGGACCAAGUGGUUCUUAUGGCCCCCCACCCAAAGAUUCUCAAGGACCUCCACCAAGUAGUUCAUAUGGGUCACCCCCGAGUGGAUCCUUUGCAUCGCCUCCAAAAGAAUAUUACGGACCACCUAAGGAUUCGUAUGGCCCACCACCUAAGCCAUCAUAUAAUUUACCACCCAAAAUUUUGUAUACGUCUUCACCUAGUGGAUCAUACGGUCCUCCACCCAGUGGAUCAUAUGGACCACCACCAAGUGAGUCUAAGCCAUUAUAUCGUCCGAUACCUUUAAAGGAAUCAAACGGAGCUCCACUGAGCGGAAUAUAUGGUGCCCCGCCAAGUGAACCAUACGGAACACCAUCGAAACCAUCAUAUCAGCCAGCACCUCCGAAAGAUUCAUAUGGAGUUCCACCCAGCGUGUCAUACGGAGCGCCAUCUAAAGAUUUGUACGAAACACCGUCCUCUAAAGAUACAUACGGUAGUCCUAUUGAUAACUCAUUACAAACUCAGUAUGUUGCGAUAUCUGGCUCAUCGUAUAGUAGUGGUCUUCCACCAGAAGGUACGUUUGGUGCACCAAUAGCAAUCUGUUGUGGUACGCCACCGCCAGAUUUAGCAUCACAAAAGCCAGCAGACUUUAAUUAUGGUUUAGCAUAUGGACAAACAUCCGGAAAACAAAUACCGGGACCGAAUAUUCAACCAAGAAACCCAGUGAAAAUAGGACAACCUGUUCCAGUUGGUGUUGUAGAAUCUACACAAUAUAAUAAUUUCAAAGGUGAACAAUAUAUACCACCACCAGUUCCAGAAGUAACAGCAGUUGGAAGUGAUGCGUACGCCGCUUCAUCGAGUUCUUCGGAUUAUAGUUCUGUUUCCAAUCCAUCACCAGAACAAAGUCAAACAGAUUCUCAAAAUCAACAGCAGUACAACGUUCCCACGAUACAAGAUUCGUCAAAUAAUGCGAUUUACAAUCAAGGACCAUCUACAUUGUACAAUUUGCCACCUGCUGAAUCGUAUCAACAUGUAACACAAACAGUUUCGGUGAAUAAUGGGGCUCAACAGCCAAAUAAUGAGAAUUUCGGAACACCACAACAAGCAUUCGACUUAAAUCAGCAAAUCGAAGAGAGUCAAAAUGGUAAGCAACCGAGAGAUGCAGAGGCUAAUUUACAGCAACCCGCAAAUACGAAUUAUCAAAACCAACAAGACGGAGUAAACGUAAAUGAUAUAGUAAAUUCAUUAGGCUUAGAAGGUUCAUCAGUUGUUGGAUCGAAAUCGGUAGACUUUAACGGUAUACAAGAGUAUCCCGUUCAAGGUUCUACAGGAAAUUAUAUGCUUCAAAUUCAACCUGGUCAAGGAGGUGGUGAAAACAUUGCUCACGAUCAAGUGCUUUCCAAUGGAUUGCUUCAAGAUAUUUUGUCAGCCAUAGAAAAUCAACAGAAAUCAGAAAAUUCGUUCGAUAGCCAGCCACAAGGGUCGGAAGUACAGCAAAUGGCGACGGCAGCAUCUAACGCCAGUAUAGAGAAGUCCAGCAAAGAAUCAACUAGUAAAAAUCAAGAAAAUAUGGCGCUUUUCUAUAGUACACGAGAUGGAAAGGGAUCCAGAGGAACCGAAACGUUAUCCAGUGAAAUCAACCACUUGAGUGUCAACGAGGUGUCAAAUGGAAAUUAUGUUUCGUACAAGUCGCCUAAAGUGAGCUACGUGUACAGUGAUUCGACACCACAAGUCGUGUCACAGACGUAUCCGCAACAAUCGACUCCCAAGACUGAUGAAAGCUCAACCAACUCGUUUUCGAGCACAAGAAAUAAUUAAAAUAUAGUAUAUAAUGAUUAGGUAUAGUUAGGUUAAAAUACAUUUUUUUUUUUUUUUUUAAACACUUCUAAUAUGCCUGACUUAUUCAAACCAUUGUAUGUUACAUUCGAAUCGAAAACGAUAAGCGCGUAUAAUAGGAAAGUCCCUACAGUUAUUCAAAAUUUCGUUCGGACAUCAUUUUCGUAUUCGCCCGUGAGUGUUUUGAUUAUAAUUGUUAUCGACGACGACGCGGUAACCGGACGUAGAUUUUAUUCACGAUUAGAUUAUCACGAACUCGAAAUAAAAAUAUCGUGCCUUAUUUUGUUUUAAAUCGUGAACGGCAUGCCUAUAAUAUUUUAAUCCAAAAAGUGAGAGCAAACGUGCGAGAGGUAUUUGUAACUACGACAGAUACGAAUGCGGGGUUUCGAACACAAUAAUACAGUUUACCACAGAAAGUGAUCCCGUCGGCUAUCAAGUAAAAUUAAUCGCGCAAAAUAUUACAGUAUUAUAAUAUUACCGUGUUUUCGAAUGUUACUGAACGUGCGUUUAGGAUAGUAAAGAGUAUGAAAAUCGCGUUUAUUACUUACCAAAGAUGUUUAAGCGUUAAACUUUAUAUUUCUAUAAAUUUAUAUUUAUAUGUGUUUGUAUGUAUUAUAAUUAUAUAUAUAUAUAUAUAUAUAUAUAUAUACAACACGACUAUUUUGUGUACUCGAUAGCGUUUAGCACGAUUGCCACUACGACGUGCCAUAGACCAUUUUAUAUUAUUAUCGUUAUUGAAAUGUAAGAAUACCGUUAAUAGAGAAAAGAACAAUCGAUCAUUAUCGUUCAGAUCAUUAACCAAUAGUUUUAUUUGUGUAUGAUUACAAUGUCGUUAUCAGAUAUCAGAUUAGUACCUACCUACCGAUAUUAUGGAAAUGUAUUUAAUUACUAUUUCAUAUAUCUACUGUUUAAAAAAAAAAAAAAAAAAAAAUCGAAAUUUUAUUUCAGGUGAAUUUAUAUCGGACAUUUUAUUCUCUACUUAUUCUCGCUGAUUCUUUUAUUAUUAUAAAUAUAUAUUUUGUAUUAUUGUCAAGAUUUUUAUGUAUCAAUAUAUUAUAAUUGUUAGUGCCUAUUUAAAAAUUGUAUAUAAAAUCAUGUA